UCUUAUUAUGCUGAGCUUACCACCUUUCUACACUUUACAUGCAGAUACUAUGGAUAACCUUCACUUGAGUGUCGUAGCUGUGGUCCUAUACUGUCAUCUUCCUGGCUCAGUGGGGAGCAAGUCACAGCAGAUUCUUCUUGAUACACAUCACCAUUCAGACUGCCAGUGGGGUGAGGAGCUCUUACUGAACUGUUCUUUUACCGGAAUGUCUACUAUUCCAGAGGAUAUCUCACAAACAGCAGUAACAGCUGAUUUUAGCUACAAUAACAUUAAAACUUUCUUGUGCACCGGUGGAAUAAACAAAGAAUGGAUGCUGAAACACCUGAAUCUCAGUAACAAUCUGAUUUCUGAACUCUCCUUAACUACUUGUAGGAAUUUACCUGCUUUAGAAACAUUAAUCCUCGAUGGUAAUGCCAUCCACACCCUUACACUGGACAUACCUACCCCUGCACAUGGGUCAUAUGGAAAAGCUGAUCAUCUCCUGCCUGCUUUGAAAGUAUUGUCAAUGGAAAGAAAUAAUCUUAAUGCAGUUCCAAGAGGUAAGCAUUUUAAAACCUUAAAGAAACCUUGCUUCCAAGGGGUAAGUUGUUUUUGGAUAUGAUUCAGUAACAUCCUACUAAAUUCAGAAGGUGAUCAUCUCUAUUAGUUACAUGUAAAAUGAGGAAAAGUUCCACCCAUGUGC